CCUGGAGAAAUUUUCACAAUUUAUAUCUCAAAAAGUGAAUCUUCAAAAUCCCCCACUCCCCAAGAUUACUGUACAUCUGGACAUUUAUGUAUUGUACUGCAUAACCUCCACAGUCCAACACUUCCCAAACCAAACGCUGCCACCUGUUAUUCUAUAGUAGAUAUAUUCUGAGAUUUAUAUAUAUAAUUUUCAACCGGAAAUGUAUUUUUAUAGUUCUGAUUAUAUUAGUAAAUCUGGUAUUGAGUUCAAUACAGUUCAAUAUCAUGAUCGGAGUAGGACGGACGUUUCUCCAUAUUCUCCUGUUCUCUCCUAUCCUACAUUUUACCCCUCUCACCAUAGAAAAAAUGGAGACGAAGAAGGAAACUGAUGUCGUGGAUACAAGAUCUGGUUUCUAUCCUGGAGGUCCUGGAGGUCCAGCUCUAGUGCCUGGAGCUAACCAAGGGGGGAACCGUGAUGACGGAAUGAAUCCACAAAAUAAUUGGAACAAUCAACCCUACCCGGAUAAUUUUAACCUACCUUACGGAGAUAACCCAACCCGUCCGAAUGGACCCAAUUCCCCAUACGGAAACAGACCGAACCCGGAUAGUUUUGGGUUUCCUGAUUUCCCGUUAAACCGACCGGGGGGUCCUGGUCCAGGAAACGGAUACAACAGGAGUCACAGUUCCCGGACGAAACUCCUCCAUGCCGAGAUAUUCUCUCCAGAUUUGAGGAUGCAAUGAUGAGAGACAGAUCAACCUUCUACCUGAGCCAGGGUCAACAGAUGGAGUUGUAUUGGUGUUUCUUGGCUCAAAAAAAAAUUGGGGUCAUCAAGUUGAGGUGUGCGCGGAGAUCUAUCUUUAGUUAGUUAUUUAAGUAUAGUAACUAUAGCUUUCAUAGCUAGGUUAAAUGUCUUACUUCUCAUUAAAAGACUAAGCAUCUGUUAAUAUUUGAAUACGGAUUUUAUAUAUUUUUACUUUACAAUCGCAAGUGUGUCAGUACUAUAGGUAUAAAAUUUCCUUUAAUGUUCCUUUUAUAAGAACUAAAACACGUCAUCUAUUUUCAUAAACAUAACUGCAUAUUUUCUUUAUUUCCAUGAACUG